CAAACGGGAGCCGAGCAACCAAAUUGAGGAGCUUUCGAAUCACUUUUGUGCAACCCAUGGACUGAUCAUCACGUUCAUUCACAUCCUGUUUUGGCGCCAAACGAGACCGCCGCUCGAAGCGGCCGACUUUUGUUCCUUGUCCAUCAACCAUCUGGACAGCUCGCCAUUUGAUCUCCCACCAUGGACUCCUUCAUCCCUAUGGGCGGCGUCCAGCUGCCGGCCUUCCAGCGCCGGCUGAGCCGGUUGUACAACGACACCAAAAAGUCGUCCGACUUCGUCAAAGAACCCGUCCACCAUGCCGAGGCUGAUCCGGAGAUCAAGGCGCUCCACCGCAAGUUGCGCAUCCAGAAGGACCGCCUUGUCACCUGGGGUCUUGAGUGGUCCGAUCCCAGCCAGUCGGCCGAGGUGCUGAUAGACUCGUCCCUCAACAAGGCCGGGCUCAGUGAGGUUGUCGGCAGCAUCAUGUCGACCAUCAAGGACAUUCUCGCCGAGGCCGAGCCGCUUUGGCACAGCUCGCGCCGCUUGGCGGGUGAGAAGGUCGAGCCCGAGGAAGCCGCGAAGAAGGGCGAGAAGAUCCGGAUGGUUGUCUGGGACAAGAAUCGGUUCGAGGAUCUCAUCCGCGAUCUGACCACCUCCAUCGACACUCUGUAUGAUCUCUCUCGGACGAGGUCAUCGCAGGCCUCGGCCGCUCUGCGUCAGAGAAUGCCUGCCCCGACUCCCGCCCCAGAGGACCUGCGCCCGUUCGAGUCGUCCAGGAUCCAGACGCCCCGACAGAUCGAUCCCAAGUCGUUGACCAACCUACGCUCCUUGCAGGCCGAGCCCAUGACGGAGCUUGCUGAGCAGGAGCGCCCUCGCGAGAUUGUGUUCAUGAGCAAGCAAGCCUACGCCGAGCUAACACAGAGCACAGCCGGCGGGCGACAGCCGCAUGCUCCGCUGCUUCUCGAGUACGCCCCCUUCGACCCCAUCUACUCGAUGACGGGCAUCUCGCCAUCCAUGGGGCGUUUCGAGAAGGUGUCGGCCGGUCUGCAGCAGGAGCCGCAACGGCCACCCGGGUCGUGGACGGGCUUGCCGCGCCUGCUGGGCUACUUCGAGGACAUGGACAACUCCAGGUUCGGCCUCGUCUACCAGUUUCCGCGGACUUUCAACCCCGUCACCUUUGAGCACCUCACCCAGAAUCCCCUCUACAACUUAUGCUCACUUUCCGACCUGCUAGCCCGCCCAGAUUUCGAGCCUAAGCUCGAAGCCAAGUUCCGGCUCGCCGCUAACCUCGCGAACACCGUCUUUGACAUGCACGCGCGGGGCAUCACCCACGGAAACCUCAUCAGCGAGAACAUCUCGUUUUGCAAUGCGGUCGGAACAGACCCCGAGGUCAGCGGGAUCACACAAGGCGAGGUAGACAUCAGGCGGCCCCUGAUAUCGUCCUUUGACAUCUUCUCGGACCCGCAGUCGCAGGACGCCCCCAAGCCCUACUCCUUGUACAAGCACCCGCUCGACCCCAGAAACAGCACCCUGUCGCCCUUGGCCAAUAAUGCAGACUCCAAGACCUUUGACCUCUACUCCCUCGCCAUGAUCCUCCUGUCCGUCGGUCUCUGGACCAAGCUCGAGAACCUGGUGCCAAAUACGGAGUCGCCGACCCUGCCGGAGUCGGUCCUGGAACAGCUCGCAAUCCGCUGCGGCUCGCUCUACAUGAAGGCCGUUCAGACCUGCUGGAAUGCCGUUGACCAAGAGAUCGCUGGGGGUCAAACCACCGAGCAGAUUGUGUCACGCGUUCAGUUCAAGGCGAGCAGGUACCUAGAGGCCUGCUGUAUCCUGGAUGGCGUCAGCAACCUAGAAGAGCGGCUGGGCGAUGACCUUGGCGAGCCUCGUCCAGAGCCCGUGCAGCCCGCCACGGCGGGCCCUUCAGUGCGCAAGUCCGAGGAUUCGCCCUCGUCCCAGAAACCGGAAAGCAAGCCUGAACAACGCAGUGCGGUCGAGUCAUCCCAGGAAGAGGCGCAAGCGGAAAGUCAAGCCGAGGAGUCCAUAAGGUCGUCCAAGAAGAUGCGGCUCUAUCCACACGCCCCCCUCCCUCCGGACAUAAUCGAGAAGUGGAACACGGUCUUCAUGCCCCAGAUUAACUCUGCCCUGCGCCACUUCUAUCGCAAGAAUCCCGAAUCGGUCGAGAUAUCGCUCGAGUCGAUUGGCGAGAGCCCGCAGCAGACCAAGCCGACGGUUCUUGUUGUCUGCACUUCCGUGGGAAAGGUCAAAGCCAUUCUGAAGAAGAAGCUGGGUAACCUAUUCGACGGCACUGCCGGCGUGGCGCUCAAGGUGUGCCGGGGCCAAGUCCUCCGGUCACGAAAGCAGCCCAGCCGGAGCAUGGCGAAGUCAGUUGACGAAGGACAAGAGGAGGUCGUGGCGGCUAAUCCAGGAUUUCAGGAGCGACCGAGAAAUGGUGCCAGCAUUGGGGCCUGGAUCGGCGACCGCCAUCUCCCACCGGUGAGCCUCGGCGGUCUGAUCAUGGUGGACAAUAAGCAGUACGGGAUGACUGUUCACCACAUGCUGGAUGAUCCAGACCAGGUAGUUCAAGCGGGAAAGGGCGGCCCCUCCAGAAGCAUGGCCGGACCGAGGUCCGACCUGGCGGCUUGGUAUGCUGAGCAGUACGAACACAGCGAGCCGGACCCCGACAGCGGGAGCGAGGUCUACGCCUGCGAGUUUUCGGACUCGGACUUAGACACUCUGUCCGAAUCGGCCAUCACCAGCGACUACUCGGAUGGGGAGGAGGAGGAGGAGGAGGAGGAGGAGGACGAGCAGUUCACCGAGCCUGGUGACAUUCCGGGCGUCGAGCCGGGUUGUGGCGAUGGGUACAUCAUCACGCAGCCGGCACUCGACGAUGUCCCAGAGGGCUUCUACCCCUCCGCCGAGACGGAGGACGAAGACCACCUGGACACCUACUCCGUCGGGGAGGUGUAUGCAUCCAGCGGGAUCCGCCGCCGCACCGAGAAUGGCCUGCUCCACGAAAUCGAUUGGGCCUUGUUCGAGUUCAACGAGGAUCGAGCCCCAGACGGAAACCUCAUCCCGACCCUAACUCCCGCGCCCAAAUCUGAGGGCCGGCGGCGGAUGUCUUGGGAAAGCGAACCCGCAGAUGACGAAGGCAACGAGUUUUCCUUUGUCCACCCAACGUCGGUCGUCCCCUCGUCCAGCCUGCCGGGUCUCGAGGUGCAGUGCAUGGCGCGCACAAGCGGCUUGCAGACCGGCCAGGUCUUGCAAGCCAUCGCGUCGGUCAAGAUCUACGGCCGCGUCUCCCCGAGCCACAUUUACCAAGUCGCAGGAACGUAUCCGCCCCAGUCCCGAUCCUAUCCCCGCCCACGGCGGCCCGUCCUCCCGAUGGGCAUCCCCGGUGAUAGCGGCGCGUGGGUGGUCGACCGCGAGCAGGGCGCCGUGUGCGGGCACAUCCUGGCGUGGAGCGAGCGGAAGCGGGUCGCGUACAUCUGCCCGAUGGACGUGCUGAUGCUGGACAUCGCCGAGACGCUGGAGGCGAACGAAAUCCGCCUGCCUGGAGGGGAGAUCAUAUUCUCGCGCAAGCCGUUGUCGACGCUGGCGGGGCCGACGACGCGGGAGAAGAGGGGCAGCGCGCGGAUGUCGACGCAGUCGAGUCGGCUCAGCAGGGCGAGCGGGCUGAGCCGCGUGUCGGAACAGGGUUCGGAACUGGACGACGACGACAGCGAGGACGCGGCGUCGAGCCUCGUGUCGCCGCUGCAACAGAACCGGCAGUCGGUCCAGAGUAGGCGGUCCCGGUUGAGCCAGCGGAGCUCGUAUCUGGCGCAUCCUCCGCAGCAGCAGCAGGACGAUGUUGAUGCGCUAACACCUGCGCCGGGGAAGAGCACUCGCCACGACCAUGAUGAUGAAUCUUACGAUGAAGGAGUCGAAGUAGAAUUGCCUCCCACCAAGGAGUUCAUGGAUAUGCAGCUGUCUGAAAAGGACGUUCCGGUCGGCAUGAUGGGAUGGAUUGCUUGAUACCACUGAUGGAUUAAAACUUUCCCGUCGGAUGUAAUUC